AUGAAGCUGGUGAACCAUACUUCUCUUGGUCCUAUUGGCACUAGUAACCCCAACAUUCUGGUGGGAGGCACUGUUCAAACCGAUGCUCCGCCUCUAAGCUCCUUCUUCAAAGGUCUCAAAGGGCCGUAUCCAACCAACGGAUGGUGGGCUCCAUACGCUGCACCUCCAGGCACAGGCACGGCAGCAGGCCCAUUUCCUUACGAAUCGUCCCUAGAUGGGUACGGUGUUUCCUUUGGUAUCAACCAAGCUCGUGACUUUGACGGGACUUCUGUCAAGGUGUACACUCAGCUAGACUGGCGGGCUUCAUUCACCGAACAUAGUGGUGGCUUUGAUGGUCACAAAGCAACGGCUUUUGACACACAGACUGUCACAGUUCAGUAUUUUCAGGGCAACUCAUCUAUGACAGUAUAUCUUGUACCAGGGUCGCCAUACAUGACCUUUGAAUACAAGUCUGCAACUCCACUGUUGACAUCGUUGAACGGAGGCAUCAAAUCAUUAAAUGGCAAGACGCUGGUCGGUGGGGAUACUGUGAGUGUUCAAGGCACCAAGUUUACUGUCGUCGACGCAAAGGGCACUACAUAUCUGAUCUAUUCAGACUCAUCCAUCAAGCUUAUCGUCAACGCCGAGAAUGGUAACAAAGGAACCCUUACCGCAGAUGGGAAGUUCACCGGUAUCCUGCGAUUGGUUAUGCUCAGGGAUCCCAGCCAUCAGCCACUCCUCGAUACCCAUUCAACGGUGUACCCUAUUUCUGUAUCUCAAGACUAUACCAUCAGUGGCGACUCAGGCACGGUAACUUUCAAGUGGGAAACGAAGGGCCCUGGUGACUUACUGAUGCUCACUUGGCCCCAUCAUCGCGAAGUCCUACAGAGUCCCAGUUCUCCAGAGCCAUCUGCUCUUAGCUAUUUGACCUUGAAAGGAUGGAUGUACCCAACGCUCGGAAACACUUGGCGACUGACAUACAAGUUGACUUCGAUAACUUGGAGCGCCCCGCGCGACGUAGAUCCCUCCUGUAAAGAAUCAGUUGUAAAGGGUCUCAAGUACGAAGUCGACCAACUUGAUCCCUCCCAGGCUCCUGCACCAAACGAGUUCUACUACUGGGGAGGCACACUCGCUGCUAAGUCACGCCUAGCGCUGAUCGCUGAUCACGUCGGACGCAAAGAUCUUAUCGACCCUGUUAUCAAGUACCUCAAAACCUCUUUCGAAGGUUGGUUCAGUGCCACGAACAAUGCUCUACCUGCGUAUGAGACAACAUGGGGUGGUGUCAUCAAUAAAGAAGGUGCUACAAAUGUCUGGGUCGACUUUGGCAACGGCUACUUCAACGAUCACCAUUUCCACUACGGUUACUUUCUUCACAUCGCUGCGGUGAUCGCCAAGUAUGAUCCGGACUGGUUGGCUCAGCACAGAGAAUAUGUGACUUUCUUUGCCCGAGACAUCAUCAACCCUUCAUCUGACGACCCCUUCUUCCCCAUUACGCGCUGUCUAGAUUGGUUCGCCGGUCACUCAUGGGCAUCAGGUAUUGCAAACGGAGCUGGUAGUCGUGAUCAAGAAUCCGUUGGUGAGGCUGUCAACGGUUACUACGGUGCCAUGCUCUGGGCUACGGUAGCGCUUGAUCAAGAACACGCCAACUUUGCUAGACUCCUGCUCGCUAUAGAACAGCAAGCCACUAGAAAAUACUGGCACUUGUACCCUGGCGCUGGUGAAGAUGAUCCCGCAAACCCUUAUCCCGAGGCUGAGUUCAGGGAUCUCAUCACCGUCGGCAAUGUGAUGGACUGGCAGACGGGGGCGUGGCUGUUCUGGGGCGCUGAGAAGGUGCAGAUAGCUGCGAUUCAGAUUCUCCCUGUCACGCCUGUUAAUGAGGUUAUGUACGACGCCGAGUGGGUCAGCAACGUCUUCGCCUACACGAUGCCCGAAUUGACGAAUGCCUCAUACGCCGACUCGUGGAAAUCUGUCAUCUACGCCGCCUACGCCAAUGCCAACCCGCAACAAGCCGCUGCAUGGAGCGCCAACCUGAGCGACUGGGGCUCCGGAAACACAUACACGAACGAACUGUACUUUAUAAGCACCCGCCCGAAUCCGAACGGCCAGCCCAUCUGCGGCAAUUUUCCAGAGAACCCAUACGGCGACUACAAGAUCCAAACCACAUCAGGCAAAUACAUCGUAUCCGCAGCCAACGGCGGCCGACUAUCUGCUGCAAGCAACUCGACCAGUUAUGCCGACGUCUUCUCCAGUGCCUAUGUUCCCAACGCUGGUACAUUGCAGCUCGCCAGGGACAAGCAAUACGUGACGGCGGAUCAGUCCGGCACCUAUUCGCUCUCAGCAGCCCGCACGAUUGCAGAUACCUGGGAGCGGUUCAUCAUCCGCCAGAAAGUAGGUGAAGCUGAGGGUGUCUAUUCAAUCAAGGCAUUUAGUAACGGGAAGUAUGUGAGGGUUGGCGGUGAUGGGACGCUGGUCAACGAUGGUGCGGUUGAGAACGAUGCAACUGGGUUCCGCUUUAUCAAGCCCUGA